GUUUUCUUCGAUCCAACCGUAUUGGCUUUCAUCGAGACAGUUUUAUUGGGUGGUCCCAGUCACGAGGUGGAAAAAGUGUUUGCCGAGGACAGUGGCUUCUUCCCGGGGUUGCGGGGUCAGACGGUUACCUCAAUCCCAUUUCCGGGUUUCGAGUUCAAACCUAACAGUCAGCCGACUGCUGGAAGAAAUAAUAAAGGACGAACGGAACCACAGCCAGACCACCACCAACAACAACAACAACAACCAUCACCACAACGACCGGUGUUCCGUGUCGAUGUGGAAACUAAUCAGCCGCUUUCAAGUGUCGAUUCGCUCUCGGUGAAUCACCACAGCUCCAGUCAGGAUAGUGUGCUUAAAAUGACCUCUAGCAGUCCGAAUUUGCACGAAAACUUUGGCUCGGCUACAGGUAAAACGGUUCGAUAUGAUCUCAAUGCGAAGACACUUAAUCCCGUACCACUAAUGCGAUUUAUUUCGCUCAAUGACGAUUCCACAAACAGUGCCGAGUGGCCUAGUACCUCGGUCAAUUUCACUUGUUUGCGACGACAGCUGACCGAUGCGCAUUUAAAUGUUGAGCAUCAGCCCCGGAUAAGCCGAUUGAAAUAUAGCAAUGUGCGGAACUGGAGACCGCUAAGCACAAACAGCUUCCUGAGCUACAACACAGAGAGCGGUUCCGUCAAAGUACAUCUCUCUCGUGUUCGGCUCCUCUCACUUUCCGCUUUGGGGACCCAAGUGAAUCAGCUGAUUCAUCAGGACGAAAUGACACUCACGUUCGGUGAGAUGUUCGUCACUGUCCUACAAGAAACCGGGACAAUUUGUGUCGGCCUGUAUCGUCGUGUGGAAGAUCUGACAGACGAAGAAGAACAGUGUGAUCGGGAGCACGCAGACGGAUCGCUGAAAGACUUGGGUGCUCAAAUCGCCCGGUACGUGUACACCUUUCCGGACUCAAAUACACGCAUAUUCCCAGAUGAUCAGGUUUAUUGCUUCACUGCCGUGACAGAAAAACACGAGGUCGAGUGGUAA